AUGGAACAAGAUGGAUCAUCGAAAGGAGAAGGAGAGGUCAAGUACCGGGGAGUUCGACGCCGGCCAUGGGGGAAGUUUGCAGCAGAAAUAAGGGAUUCAGCUCGACACGGAGUCAGGGUUUGGCUCGGCACUUUCGACACAGCUGAGGAAGCAGCUAGGGCCUAUGACCGAGCUGCUUAUUCUAUGAGGGGCUCACUCGCUGUGUUGAAUUUUCCAAAUGAAGUUCAUCUGUUACAACGCGGAAGCUCAUCUUCGUCAGGGGCAUCGUCUUCUUCACUUGUUGGGGCAAAUAAAAAGGAGGUGAUCGAGUUCGAGUACUUAGAUGAUAAGGUGUUGGAGGACAUGCUUGAAUAUGGCGAGAACGAGAAAGGUUAUAAGAAGAACUGA